AUUAAAUAGAAAAAUGAAAUUGAAAAAAUGUCUUUUUUUAGUUGCUGCUCCCGGUAGUGGAAAAUCUACAAUUGCAAAGCGAAUUGAAAGAGAAUUCGGUUUUUCCCAUGUGUCUUCGGGAAAUAUUUUGCGAGCCCAAGUUGCAACUGGUUCUAAACUAGGUCUGCAAGUGGAGAGGAUCAUCCGUGAUGGGACUCUUGUUGAUGAUGAUCUAGCAAUGCAAGUUCUUGAAGCAUCACUUAAUGAAAUGGAUCUUUCGUCCUUCAACGGGUUGCUUCUUGACGGGAUUCCAAGGACCCUAUAUCAAGUGCAAAUGUUUGAGAAGAUGUACACCUCGCCAGAUCUAGUGGUUAACGUUGACGUUCCAUUCUUUGAAAUUGUUCAGCGAUUGAGCAAUAGGCUGACUCACUUGCCAAGUGGGCGAGUAUAUAAUUUGGAUUUCGAGCCUCCAAAAGUACCUGGAAUCGACGAUGUAACUGGCGAAGAACUAGUCUUGCGUUCUGACGACAAACCUGAGGUAGUAACCCAAAGAUUGGAAAACUACGAAGCUAUCACGAAACCCAUUUUGGAUUAUUAUCGGGAGAAGAAUCUCGUUCACUCAUUUAGAGGAACUGAAACAAAUGUCAUUUGGCCAGAAAUUCAAAAAUUUUUGAGCGGACAUUUUCUGUCUAAAUAAUUUAAAAUUGUUGAACCAUA